AUGCAGAUCAAAGACCGCACCUUCAUUGUGAGCGGAGGCUCUUCUGGUCUAGGUCUCGCAACCGCCGUUCUCUUCCUCCAACGCGGCGCAAACGUCUCCAUCCUCGAUCUUAAUCCUCCGCCCUCAGAUGCCUCCAUCGACCCAUCCCGAAUUCUUUUCACAAAGACCAACGUCGCGUCUACCGAGUCAUUACAGACAGGCGUGCACAAUACAGUAAGAUGGACCCAAGAGACCACCAAACCGCUCUCCGGGGUCAUCUGUUCUGCCGGUAUCGGUACUGCGGCAUUGGCUCUUCCUAAACAAGAUCCCUCAGUGACCCAUAACAACGUCAAAUACAUGGACAUGUCUGGAUUUGAUCGUACGUUGGCCAUCAACCUCCGGGCACGGUUGACUUGA